AUGGGAUGUACGAUUAUACCGUUGGUGGUUGGAAUAUUGAUGAUGUACAAUGUGUAUGUGAUGUAUGAAUUGAAGGGAGAUAGCGAUGAGAAUAAGAAGAGUGAUGAAGAGAAAGGAAUGCUGAAUAGUAUAGAGAAGCAGAUGAUUGCAAGGAUGUUGAGUGUGGGAAUGUGCGUAUUAACGAUGGUGGUUGAGACAGUGAUGAUAGGGGUUGGGAUGAGGAAUGGAGAAGAAGUAAGCGGAUAUGUUAUAAAUAAGAUGAUGGCUACGGCAGUAACGGUGAUGGUGAUGCUGAGUAUGAUGAGAUAUAUAAUGAGCAGGAAACAAGAGAAGUGGUAUCAUGCAAUAAUGAUAGGAGGAAGUGUGGUGAUAGGAUCGAUUAGAGCACUGAUGAUGGUGAAUAAGAAUAUAAGUGAGCAUGUGUAUGUGCUAAAUAUAGUGAUGAUAGGAGGAAGUGUGAUGAUGGUGAUAGCGAGUGUAGUUGUAUGCAUCAAGAGAAAGGGAGCAGAUAAGAUGGAUGCUAAUAAUGAGAUAUUGGGCAGGUCUGUGAAUGGUACAGUGAUGAGGAUGAUUGGAGCAGCAGCAGCAUUUGGAGUAGCACUGAUAGGAUGGAUGAUGCAAAGCAUGAAUUUUGAUGGGAUUAUUGAUGGAGAUAUGACCGAUGUAAUGCUACAGUGA